AUGAUCCACUUUAGCGUUAAAAUUGGCUUAAAAUCUUUUCAUGCUCUUGCUUCGGGUAAUGAUCUACCGAAGAAGCAAAUGAAACGUUUUAAUAAAUUUUAUUUGAUUUUUUUCGAAAACCUCCAAAUUGAGAGUAUUUAUGUAAGAGUGCUUCAUUUCAGAAUAGAAAGACUAACUCUUCAAAGAACACCUGAAGCAUUCAUACAAUCUCACCAUUACUCUUAA